UCAAAACACUUCACGAGAGAAUACGAGUUUGAAGCUGUAAACAAAAACCUGUAUCUACUAUGUUCCGCUUUAGUCUCGUAUUACAGCGAUGGUUGUAAUCAUGGAUACUUCGGUCUAGGUAACCUUUCUCGAAGCAAAGUUACCGAAUAUCAUGAAAGUUACCGAUGAAGAGUGAUGGUGAGCCCGGUGACAGGUACAAAGUGUAAAUGUGCUGAAAAGGCGUUUUUAAAAGUGGACCAUCAGUGACACGACGACAGAUCAGACUCGCCACGCUGUCACUCUGAACUUGGCGACUGUGAUAUGAAUGACAUUCAUAUAGGUUUGGAACAACAUGAGGGUGAAUGAAUUAUGACAUUAUUUUGGGUAUGUUAAUGUCAAGAUGAGUUCAGAAGAGCAGAAUGGAGUGGUGUCUCCAAAGAUGACAUCACCCAUGUCCACCUCAUCAACCAUGACAUCAUUCCCUCAAAGGAAAGAGAGUAACUCCUCAAGUGAAGACAACAGACAGGACAACUGGGAGUUGGUUGAGGACGUAUGGGCCUUGACAGGAAAUAUUCAGAAGCCUGAGAAGCAGGAGGGCUUGCUGUUGAAAAAGAGGAAGUGGCCAAUGAAAGGCUGGCAUAAGAGAUAUUUCGUGCUUGAAAGGGGCAUCCUUACUUACGCCAAAACAGGGACUGAUUUGAAAAAGGGGAGGUUACGAGGUCGCAUUGAUGUUGGUCUCUCUGUCAUGGCCAUGAAGAAAAAGUCAAUGUGCAUUGACUUGGACACAGAGGAGAGUAUUUAUCACCUCAAGGUGAAAUCUCAAGAUAUGUAUGAACAGUGGGUAACGCAGCUUCGUCAUCAUCGAACGUUCCGUCAGAACGAGAUCGCAAUGGAACCACAUGAGCAACAGCAAUCUGACCACACCUCCAUCACAAAACGCUCCGUUCUCUUCAAGCAGCCUUCAGCCAUACUGAGGAACAGCUGGCGCCAAAACUCAAAAGACAUGGAGAAGUGCUGUAAAGAUCUGACAGAGUGUGAGUCCUCCUUGCUGGAAUUAAAUCUGCUGCUAAAAAAUAUGGAAGUUUUGCUCCGAGCGUUCUCAGUACCUGUUAUCAACUCACUACAGACCGAAGGCUCCAAAAAAGAGAAUAGAGGACACAGAAAAUGGCGAUCCAAGAAACAUAACAAGGAUUCUAAGAACACGAUGCAGAUUCCUGACACUUCAUCUUCUCGUCUGCACGUGUCACAUCCAAACCUGGUGUAUUCAGAGCCAGUUUCUCCAGAGCUGUGCCUGGAAACUCCAGACUCACCCACAGAAGCCUCGCGAAUGCAGGAGGAGUUCUGUAGGCUUGCUGGCACUGUUAAUUCCACUCUUCGGUCAGCAUACACAUCUCUUUUGGCAGAGAGAGACCGAGUCAGAAAUACAUUGGAAAGUAUCAGUGAGAAGGAUGUCUUUGAUGGGCCACGCCCACUACAGCAAGUGUCCUGUGAGAGUCGAGGGUCAAUCCCAGAGUCCCUCCAAUCCUCAGAGUUCUAUGAUGCUAAAGAGUAUCUGCUCUCUGGCAGCUCGUCUGAGAAUGAGGUGUCGGAUGAUGACUCGUACACCAGUGAUGUCAGUGACAGCACAUCAGUGGUGUUUUGCAGAAAUGAAACUAGCAGCGUGCACAAGAUAUUAGGCAACCGCAAUGGUAAAGAGAGUACUGUGACACGGCGAGAACGGUUGCCGAGUUCGCGUAUGAACGAGAGUGUGAAUCUGUGGAGUAUUCUGCGCAGUAACAUUGGUAAAGACCUAUCAAAAGUGGCCAUGCCUGUCCAACUCAAUGAGCCACUCAACACCCUGCAGAGACUAUGUGAGGAAAAUGAGUACUGCCAUCUGCUGGACACUGCUGCAAACACACCUGACCCACACAUGCGCAUGGUGUAUAUAGCAGCAUUUGCUGUGUCUGCAUAUGCAUGUUCCUUCACUAGAGCUGGAGGAAAACCAUUUAACCCUAUACUAGGAGAAACGUACGAGUGUGUCCGACCAGAGAAAGGCUUCCGCUUCAUUUCUGAACAGGUCAGUCACCACCCACCUGUGUCUGCUUGUCACUGCGAGUCCAAGAACUUCACCCUUUGGCAAGAUGUGCGAUGGAAGAAUAAAUUUUGGGGGAAAUCUAUGGAGAUUGUUCCCAUGGGAAUCACCCACUUAGAGUUGCCAGGUUUUGGGGAUCAUUAUGAGUGGAGUAAGGUCACUUCCUGCAUUCAUAACAUCCUGAGUGGCCAGCGCUGGAUAGAGCACUAUGGGGAAAUGUCACUCAAGCACACUACCACCAGGGGAGAUGUCAGUCAUUGCAAAGUCAAUUUCUUUAAGUCAAGAUCUGGAGGUUGCAAUGCUAAUGAGGUGGAGGGUGUGGUCACUGACUCAAAGGGGCGUGUCAUUCACUCACUGUUUGGUAAAUGGAAUGAGGCCUUGUACUUGGGGAAACCACCUGCAGCCACCUGUAUUUGGAGAGCAAAUCCCAUGCCUGAGGACUAUGAGGAGUACUAUGGGUUCACCCAGUUUGCAAUUGAGCUGAAUGAAUUGGAGGAGAGUCUUAGACUCAUCUUACCCCCAACGGACACACGCUUUAGACCAGACCAAAGAUUACUGGAAGAGGGUGAUAUUGCUGGAGCUGAAGAACAUAAAGACAGGAUUGAAGUGCUUCAAAGAGAGAGGAGAAGAGUCCUGCAAGAAAACAACAUGACACACUCACCGCGAUUCUUCAAGCGUUCUGAAGACGACUCAUGGGUGAGCAAUGGUACAUACUGGGAGCUCAGGAAGGACCCUGGAUUCAGCAGACUGAAUUACACAGUGCUUUGGUGACCACCAAUGGAUUUGUUUCAUUGGCUUUUAAGUUUCUGCUCUAGCUGUAUAGAACCCUGCUAUUUUUUAUACAAAAUCCUUAAAUUCCGAUUCGCAAUAUAGACAUUUAUUGCCCGAUGGUUCCAUGGUCCUCUAGAUAAACAUAUUUAUACCUUACUUGGCAAACUGCCUUGCUGCUGUUAAGAUUUAAAUGCAAUGAUAAAUGACUCCUGUCAUUUAGUGCCUGGCUAUAUUUAGUUUAUAUAUAUUCAAUAAGCAAAGUAUGAAAAAUCAUAUUAAUCAUUUAAAUCAAUUAAUUAAUAUUAAGUCUAAAAUGCAGUGGUGUAAAUCUUAAGAACAAACACUUAAUUGAUAGCUCCAGAUGGUUAAUCUCAUGAAACAUUUCACCCCAAAAUAAAAAUAAAUAAUUUGUUUAAGGAAAAUAUCAUUCUCAGUACUGUAAUGUAAAAUGUUAAUGGAUUUCUUUUAAUUUUUUUUUAUUUAAAAUAUUUAUACAGAAAGUUUAUGUUUAAGAAGAGUAUAUUGCCAUUACUUUAUGCUAUGCUGAUUCAUACAAAAAAUCAUUAUCCAAAACAACUUUUUGCUUCAUAAUAAUUAAGAUAUUUAAUUAUGAUGAUUCCAAAAACCUUAAUGGCCCUAAAAAUAGACUAAAUGCUCUUAAAAAUAUAAUUUCUUAUAUUCUUUUUAUUUUGGGUUAAAAUAUGACCUAAACUGAAUGUUUUUGUGAGAUUCACUUCAAAAGAGCUUUUACUCCAUUGUAAGUUUGAAAUCUACAUUUAGAAAUACUGAGUGUCUCAAACUGUCCACUCAGGUAUUAUCAGGGUAUAAAUUAGAAAUGAAGAUUCAUCUGUAAAUUUUCUUGCACAUUCUGCUAAUGAUUAUGUAAUCUUCAUUGAAAGAACAUUAUGUAAAAGAUAUGUUAAAAAGAAAUAUUGUUUAAAUUAAUGUUUUGAUUGUAUACUCCAUAUUAAUCUUUUGUGUACAUGCCUGGGCUACUUUUGUGUUUAUGUAUGAAACUGAGAGAGCAAUAGUCUAUAUGUGCUCAUGUGGUAUGCCUGUUACACUUGAUAACUGUUGUCCUGUUUCUGUGAGGUGUGGGUGUGGUGUUUUAGAUGUGAUUUUUUUUCUUUAGACCAUGACAUACUUACAAAGACUUUAAACAGAUCUUGAACUGCUUUCAGAGGUUUAGGAAUGGAUUUCAUCAGCGUAUGACAACUGACCACAUGUUUGCUUCGUGCAGUUAAUGCAAUGAGCAUCCAAGGAGCUUUCCCUGUUUUCAUUAAAGAGAUGCAUGUGGAUAUUCUCCUAUUGCUUUAUUCUGAUUUCAGCUCUGAUUAUUUUUUUUUUAUUAUUUUUUUUUUAAUUUUUUUUUUUUUUUUGCACUUAUUAUUUAGCUAAAAGUUUUAAUUAAAUAGGAAAAGUUAUUUUAUUUCUGAGGGGGGUAUCAUUUACAUAUUAGGCUACUGGUUGGGCAUCUCUAACAAGUGCUUUGAUUCAUCACUGAAUGGCUAGUGGAGUUGUGAAACAAUAAGGAAAUCCACUUUGCUCACCAAUUUAAACUGAAUGAAACCAGAAAAGAAGGCAACUUUGUCACAAAUGGCUGAAUGUGCAAGUAACAGACCUGAAGCUUUCUUUGUUAGCAUGAGAAAAAAAAUACAAA